AAAAUUUCAAAUUCCAUUUAUCGGGUCAUUCUGGGUCACAGGCUAGUCGACAUCGAUCACUAUAAAUUGAGCUGCGCAGAAUAAUCAAAGCUUAGUUGAUUUCUUAAGCAGUGUGCUACGAAGCGUUAUUGUGAGCCCAUCGAAAAUGCCGUCGCGUGAAAUUCUUUCUGUCGGUACCGGUGAAAGUGUGGUAAUUUCGGGUAUAGCCGGACGAUUUCCGCAGUCGGAUAAUAUGCGCGAUUUUGCUCGCAAUUUGUACGAGAAACGUGACCUGGUGGAUGAUAAGGAAACCCGAUUUAGCCAUGCGAUGCAAGCCAUUCCAAGGCGGCUCGGAAAGAUCAACAAUUUGGAGAAAUUCGACCGGGAGUUCUUCGGGUACAAUCGACGACAACGGGAUACGAUGGACCCGCAGCAGUGGAUGACGCUCGAGCAUGCUUUCGAAGCUAUACUGGAUGCGGGAGUAAAUCCGGAAAGUUUGCGUGGAUCGCGGACGGGCGUGUUUUGCGGAGUAUGCUUUUCGGAAGCUGGUGCACAGAUGUACUACAAUUCACUGGGUCAUGCCGAGAAAGGGAUGGGUUUGAACGCUUUCAACAAGUCACUCAUCGCGAAUCGAGUUUCAUAUACGCUGGACUUGAAAGGACCCAGCUUCGUGAUUGAUACUGCCUGUAGCAGUUCAAUGUAUGCCUUUGAUGUCGCUUAUCGGAGCAUGAUGAAUGGAGAUUGUGAUUCAGCAAUUGUGACAGGUGCCAAUCUAACGCUUCAUCCUUUCAUCACAUAUCAGUUUGCAUUGUUGGGUGUGUUGGCAAAGGAUGGUUUCUGCCGGCCAUUCGAUAAGGAUGCUACGGGAUACGCACGAUCGGAAGCAGUUUGCGCAGUGUUUCUACAGAAGGCCAAGGCCGCAAAGCGUAUCUAUGCUCACGUCAUCCACUCCAAAACGAACUGCGAUGGUUUCAAAACCGAGGGAAUAACCUACCCGUCCGGAUUAGUUCAGCAGCAGUUGCUGCAAGAGUUCUACAAGGAAGUGAAAAUCAGUCCUACGGAGGUAGAUUACGUUGAAGCUCACAGUACAGGAACUGUUGUGGGAGAUCCUGAAGAAUGUGACGCUUUAGAUAAAGUGUACUGCGCUGGAAGGGAUGGACCUUUGCCCGUAGGUUCGGUGAAAUCCAGUAUAGGCCAUACGGAAGGCUCAGCAGGAGUGUGUUCGAUAGCAAAGUGCAUCAUCGCUAUGGAAAAUGACUUGAUUCCUCCGAAUAUCAACUUCACUGAGUGCAGACCAGACAUUCCUUCGUUGGUUGAAGGUCGAUUAAAGGUGGUAACUGAUACAAUACCACUAUCGGGUCCACUGGUUGGUAUCAACUCGUUUGGAUUUGGAGGGGCAAACGCCCACGCUUUGCUCUGUCGCAAUUUGAAGGAGAAAAAGAAUCACGGCGUACCGGAAGAUGAUCUCCCGCGGUUGGUUGUGUGGUCGGGAAGAACUAGAGAAGCUAUUGAGUAUAUGUUUCAAGAUAUCACUCAGCGUCCCUUGGAUGCUGAAUUCAUUGCACUUUUGUGCAAUGUUGAAAAGCAAGGUAUUCCAGGACAUCGUUAUCGAGGAUUUGGAGUCUAUCGUAAAGAUGGUGAAAAAUUAGCAAUUCUAGAAGCAUCCCGUAUCGAGCGAGUUAAAAUUGAGCCACUUCCAGUUGUUGCAAUUUUUGGAGGAAUCAACCUCAAAUGGAGACAGGAACUGGAUGUGCUUAAGCGGUUUCCUGUGGUGGAAGAAACUCUCACUAAAUGCAAUGGUGUCCUCCAAUCGUUGAAGUUUGACCUGAACAAAAAGCUCUCAGGUAAUAAGAGUAUCCUGUACAACAUGGUUGGAUCGACUGUCCUUCAAUUGUCGAUCGUUGAUCUGCUGAGCUCGAUUGGAGUCGAAUUCGAUUUGUACGGAGGUCAUUCGGUGGGACAGUUCACCUGUGCUUACAUCGACCGUAGUUUGAAUCUCGAACAGGUCCUUAGACUAGCUUUCUGGCAUGGACUAGUGUAUUCGGACUGUCAAGCAGUUUGUGAUUAUUCCGCCUUUGUUCGAAUGAACUCCAAGUUAAACCAACUUCCUUCGAAGAAUAUUCUCAUAGAUGAUGCAGCUACUUUUGGUAUCAUAGCUGGCACCGAAAAGCUUGUCAUCGACCAAGUGCAACAGGUGACAUCAUCUGGCUUUUCAGCAGGGAUUUUGUCUUUUCUUAAUUUGCGGUCUGAACAUGCAUCGCUGUCUAACAAACUGCACCACACCGAGAAUACCAUUUUAUCCAACGUCGUUGCUCCAACUAAGAAGUGGAUAACUGGAAUAUUACCACAAUCAUCUUCAAUUUUUAAUUCGCCUAUUUUGCACGAAGCAUCAUCCAUCGUCAACCUGUUCGAAAAGAUUCCCAGAAAUACACACGUCGUGGAAUUUGGUUGCUCGUUGUCCUGCAAGAACAUUCUUCGAAUGCUGAAUCACAACUCAAGCUACCUUCCUUCAGGUUCAGAAUCUACCGAUGCAGUGGGUCUACUUUUGAGCAAAAUCGGCCACUUACACCUGGCUUCACAGAACCUAGACAUUGCGCAGCUGUACCCAAAGGUUCAGUUUCCAGUAUCACGAGGAACACCAAUGAUCUCUCCAUUGAUUCGGUGGGACCACCGUGAAGAUGCUUCCGUUGUAAAAUAUAGCUGGGAACAAACCAACAAGUGCAAAGUGUCUACCAUCAAUAUUUCCCUGAACAACCAAGACUUCAAGUACAUAGAAGGUCAUAACAUCGAUGGACGAGUAUUGUUCCCGGCUACGGGUUAUCUGAAACUGGUUUGGGAACAUGUCGCUUAUCUUGAACAUAAUGAUCUCGAGGAUUUUGCGGUAGAAUUCGAAGAUAUAAGAUUCUUGCGAGCUACAACUAUGACCAAAGGCCAGACCAUUCAGUUUACAGUUUCAAUUCAGACUGUGACAGGAUUUUUUGAGAUCAUGGAAGGAGACUCAGUUGUUGUGACUGGAUACGUAAGGUCAUUGAAGGAAUGCAUCAGUAAUGAUUUCAGUGAUACAACGAGCUCUGCAGUGGUGCUUCCAACGAAGGACUUUUACAAGGAAUUACGUCUAAGAGGAUACUAUUACUCGGGGCUAUUUAAAUCGGUUCGAGAAUCCAGAUCCGAUGGAACAAUGGCUAGGAUUCAAUGGAAAGAUAAUUGGGUUGCAUUUCUGGAUUGCUUGCUUCAAGUUGGCAUCAUUUCAGCUGACAGCCGGCUUUUGAUGGUUCCGACAGCGAUUGAGAAGCUUUCCAUCUCACCAAGAGCUCAUAUGUCAAUGAUUGAGAAAAGCGGAGACGAUUGCGAGUUUUUCACUAUGAGGAGUUGCGUUGAUACGAACACUUCGGUGUGUGGAGCUGUUGCCAUCUGCAACCUUCGAGCUAGCAGCAUCGGACGUAGGAGCCCUCCCGGCAUUCCUGUUUUGGAGACUUAUCAAUUUGUUCCAUAUCAUGCUGGAGAACAGGUCUCUUCAUCGGAAGCCAUCCGGAUGAUUGUUCAGCUGGCCCUGGAGAAUGUUCCCACUUUGACAGUUAACGUUACAGAAAUCUACGAUGAGAGCCAUCGACCAAUCGUGCAGCUGUUUGGAGAAGCCAUUGCGGACCUUCCUUUGGUUCAAUCGAACCUGACACUUUUGAGUGUCAAUGAAAUGGAGUUGGACAACGUCACAGUAAUAAAAGGGCGAUUGUCCGACCAAUCCAAUCAAUUGAUCGUAGUACUAGAUAGCAAAAUGAAUAAUGCAGAAUUUAUUAAAGAGGCGGAUGGAAGCCUUGAGGAAACUGGAUUCAUAAUUGUCCGUGAAAAGAUUGGCUGUAAGCGUGAUGAAUUUUGUAAACCAGAGGAGUUCAACUUGGUGGCUUCGUUCCAAGUAGAUCAGGAAUGCUUCAUUUGCUUGCAACGGAAGAGCAAGGAUCACAACCACACAUCAGCAGUUAUUCGAGUGGAUUCAACUGAUAUGAGCUGGUUAGCGGAGCUGAAGCAGUUUUCUAAGCUUCGGUCUACAAUUUUGUACUCCCAGAACGCUUCUGUUUCGGGAAUCAUUGGUCUGGUAAACUGCAUUCGCAAGGAGCCGAAAAUGCACUCUAUCCGAUGCGUGCUAAUCGAUGAUCCAAAGGCUCCAGAAUUCACGUUGAACGACCCAUUCUACAAGAAUCAGUUGAACUUGGGCUUAGCAUUCAACGUGUUACGGAAUGGCGUUUGGGGCAGUUAUCGACACACACUGCUGCCAAAGCUAGCGAUAACUGAGCCUGUGUCCAAGCAUUGCUACGCAAAUAGUCUUACGAAAGGAGAUCUGUCUUCAAUGAUGUGGUUCACUGGAGCUUUCAAUGAGUGGAAUGAGAUACCAAAUAAGGUGAAUGUAUCGUACUGUACCUUGAAUUUCCGAGAUAUCAUGGUCGCUACUGGUAGAUUGUCAUCGGAUGUGAGUUCAUUCAAUCGAUUGGAAGAGGAAUGUGAACUCGGCUAUGAAUAUGCUGGUGUAAUGGAUGAUGGUAGACGAGUGAUAGGAGUUUUGCCAUUUGGAGCAUUAUCAACAGUGGUUAAUGCUGAUCCUUAUCUAGUCUGGGACAUCCCGGAUAGCUGGAGCUUGGAAGAAGCAUGUACCGUUCCAAUUGUGUACGGUACGGUAUUGAUGUCAUUCACUUUAUAUGCUCACGUCCGGAAGGGACAGUCAGUGUUGAUCCACGCUGGUAGUGGAGGAGUAGGACUGGCGGCAAUCAACAUGGCCUUCGCAUACGGUAUGGAAGUGUUUACCACAGUUGGUACGCAGGAGAAGGUCAAGUUUCUUUUGAGUGAGUUUCCUGCACUGAAGCGGGAGAACAUUGGAAAUUCAAGAGAUACGUCGUUUGAACAGAUGAUCAAACUGAGAACCAACGGAAGAGGUGUGGAUUAUGUGUUGAAUUCGUUGGCCGAAGAGAAGUUACAGGCUUCGGUUAGGUGUCUGGCAAAGGGUGGUCACUUUUUGGAAAUCGGCAAAUAUGAUAUGGCGAGAGAUUCUCAGUUGUCCAUGGAAUUAUUUAAAAAAGGAAUUACAUUCUCGAGUGUUAUGCUGGAUUUAGCAAUGAGAGAUUCUGUGGUAAUGAAGAAGAUUUUGAAUGCUGGAAUCCAAAACGCAAUUCAAACGGGAGUUAUCAAACCAUUGAAAACAUCUGUGUUUGAUGCUGGUGAUUUAACGAAGGCAAUGAGAUUCAUGGCAAGUGGCAAGCAUACCGGCAAAAUUGUGAUCAAGCUUCGUGAAAACGAAACUGAUGUUGAAACGUUGCCCAUUUCUUACUUCCCAAAAGUCUAUUGCAAUCCAGAUCGAGUGUACAUAAUCAUCGGAGGCUUGGGAGGAUUCGGUUUGGAGUUGGCUGAUUGGUUGGUGCUUCGAGGCUGCAAGAAGCUGGUCUUCAGCUCUAGUCGUGGAAUUACGAAACCGUAUCAACAAUACCGAAUCAAGAUUUGGAAUAGCUACGGAGUUCACACCCAUGUCUGCACUGCGGAUAUCACCACUUUGGACGGGUGUCGUGCGCUGUUGAACGAAGCGUCUCGAUUAGGUACGGUAGCCGCAAUCUUCAACCUGGCAGUGCAGUUGCGUGACGCCAUAUUGGAGAAUCAGUCUGUGGAAAAGUUCGUGGAAUGUAUGGCACCGAAAGCGAAGGCUACCGAGUACUUUGACAAAGUGAGCCGUCAAAUGUGCCCUCAGCUGAAACACUUUGUAGUGUUCUCUAGCGUUUCCUGUGGUCGAGGAAAUGCUGGUCAGAGCAACUACGGCAUGGCCAAUUCCGUAAUGGAGCAAAUAAUUGAACGAAGAUGUGCAGAAGGCCUCCCUGGAAAAGCAAUUCAGUGGGGAGCGAUUGGAGAGGUCGGGCUGGUCGCCGAUAUGGCUGAAGAUAAGCUUGAUCUGGAAAUCGGUGGAACUCUGCAACAAAGAAUUUCAUCAUGCCUGCAGGAGAUGGACUAUUUGUUGACAUGCGAGGAUCCUUUGGUGGCCAGUAUGGUCGUUGCGGAGAAGCGGAUGGGAAGUGGAUCGAAGAACAUCAUCGAGGCAGUGAUGAAUAUCAUGAGCAUCAGAGAUUUGAAGUCGGUGUCGAUGGAGAGUACUCUGGCCGAUAUAGGAAUGGAUUCGUUAAUGGCGGUCGAAAUCAAGCAGGUGUUGGAGAGAGACUUCGACAUGGUGCUGACCCCGCAGGAGUUGAGGACGUUGUCGUUUGCGAAAUUAAUGAAGAUGGUCGAAGAAAUGAAGCACGAUGAUAAAUAUAAAAAUGACAAUGAAGGGGAAGGCUUGGUUAUCGGUAUGCAGAUGCUACUGAGAAAUCUAGGCAAUGAGGAAACUAGUGAAACGACGCUCUUGCGAUUGCCAUCUGCCAGUGAUGAAGGUCGUCCCAUUCUUUUGAUUCCUGGCGUUGAAGGCGUUGCUGGUGAUGUAUGGAAAUUGAUAGCAGAGCAAGUGAAGGCUCCAGUUUACAUCCUUCAGUUAUUUGGAACUCUGGAGUGCAAGACCGUUCCAGCAAUUGUUGAGCGCAUUAUGAAUGAACUGUGUCGUGUUCUGCUCAAUGGCUACGAUGACUUUGCCAUUGCAGCGUAUUCCUUUGGUUCGCUGGUGGGAAUAGAGAUUGUGAGAUGUCUGCAGACAAGAGGAAUUCGUGGGAAACUUCUCCUGCUGGAUGGGGCUCCGAAGUACUUGAAACUUUGGUCGCAGAAACAACUGCACGGUAAUCCAACUGAUGUGGAAAUUCAGAAGUUGGUUGUGCUCGUAUCGAUUGCUAUUGUAUUUCCCGAUCAACCUGGUGAGAAAGUAAGUUCUAUUUUGGAGAUUCCAUCGUUCGAAGGUCAGAUAGAGAAGCUUAUCGAGCUAGGAAUCAAGCAGAGUGCGUACUCUGCAGAUUAUACAAGAAAGAUGACGAAAGCUCUGUGCAAAAGAAUCAAGAUGGCGGCACUGUUAAACCUGGAUGAGGAUCAACCGUUGGAUCUACCGAUCAUGCUGGUUCGACCGACUGAGGCGCCUUUUUCGGAUAUUGAAGACGAUUACGGGCUAUCCAAUUAUACGACGGGACUUAUCACGCUUCGAAUGGUGGAGGGAACUCAUGCGACGAUGUUGGAGAAUCCCGAUACGGUGAAAAUGAUUAAUGACUUGAACUUGUAAUCUAUUGUUGUCGUUUGGAACAAUGUUUUUUUUUGUAUCAUCGAUUAAAAGGUUUUUUUUUUUGAAGUUAAGCUUAUCAAAUUAUUUAUUUUCAUUAAAUACACCCAACCGGGGGAUGUAAGAUUCGCUUACAAUUAUGAGGGAUUCAUCAUCAGAGGAUGUUAGUGGAGACCGCAUGAAUCGAGGAUGCGAUAUACCUAGCUGCGGUUCAAUGCAAUAAAAUUGGAGACCGAAAAAUGUGGAGUGUAUUAGUGAGUGAAAUGAAUUAUGCCGAAAACACACAAGGAAAUUUGCCGACUGGACUCGAACCACGAACGUUGCGAUUAUCAAACCUGCGCUUUCUCCACUGCUCUCUCCAUGCUUCUGAUUAUGGAUAGCCUAAAAGCAAACAGGAAGCGCUCAGUUCCUCUCAUACUCGACUUCGUAUGCUUUUUCUGCUGGAGAGAUUCGAGGCAAGUGUGUGCGUCGUUCUACCAUGUUAUACAUAAAAAGCUUACUGGUAUAGUCGAAAGCGUAGAUUUUACACGAAACAAAAAAGACAAAAAAACCGUGACAUCACUUGCAAGGUCAACUUCUAACAUUCGCUGCGAUGUUCAUGAACAGAGGAUGAAAGGAAGUGGAACUAACAUUCAUUGUAAUAAAUUUUUCGUUUGCGUGUGGUUUUGUU